ACCAAGUCAAACACCGAUCAAACUUUCCAAGAAACAGGUUUUCACCUUCCUGGAGAAAGGGUUGUGGAACAAUACAUCAACAUAAGUAUGAAAAUUUUCCAUCCAUCUAAUCAGGAUUUAGAACUCACACCCUCUCAAAUUACAACUUCGUUUUGGGAGUUCUUGCCGCCACCAUCUCCGCCGUCAACAGCUGAUCAGCAUGGCUGCAGGCGCCGUGAGACCCCUGACUUUCGAGGAGGCAUGGCCUUUUCUGCAGGAGGAAGCCAUCAACAGGAUCAUUGAUGGUCUUGACGGAGUGGAGACGCGUCAGUUCACUUCUGAAGAGUACAUGCGUAUCUAUACAACAGUGUACAAUGUAUGCGAACCAAAUCCAAUUGGCCCUGAAGUUCAGAAACUGUAUGAUUACUAUAAAAAGACAUUUGAAGACUACAUAUCCUCCAAGGUAUUACCAUCUCUACGAGGAAAGCAGAAUGAACAACUGUUGCAAGAACUGCUGAGAAGAUGGAAGAUUCACAAAACUAUGACUUACUGGAUGUCGAGGUUCUUUCAUUACCUGGACAGAUACUAUACUGUGAGGAGGAAGCUACCUUCACUUGUCACAACUGCCAACUUGGCCUUCUAUCAUCUGGUUUAUGGUGAAAUGAAUGAUCAAGUAAGAGAUGCCGUUUUAUCCUUGAGAUUGAUAAGGGCAUUGUGAGAGAAGCCAUCGAUAUCUAUGUGGAGAUAGCCGAUGGUUCGCGUAAAUACUAUGUGCAAGACUUUGAAGAAGCCAUGAUGAAGGCUACAACUGCCUUCUAUUCCAGAAAGGCCUUAGACUGGAUAACAAACCAGACCUACCAGGAUUACAUGCUCAAGGUUGAGGAAUGCUUAAACCAGGAGAAAGGCAGAGUUUCGGAUUAUUUGAAGUUCAGAAGCAAAUACAACGUCGUAGAGAUAGUACAGCAUGAAUUGCUCGUAGUACAUGCAAGCAAGCUAGAAGAGAAGAAACGUGUUUCAGAGGCGGCUGCUUAAGCUGGAAAACUGCUGUAUUGCGUGUCGUUCCUGGUAUAAAAAUUCUCUAAUAAAACAAAGGGAAUGUUUGGCCAUAGUGAUUCCGGACAAGUAAAAGAAUUUAGUUGAAUGUGUUAAAAUAUAAGAGAUCUGCAAGAAAAGAAGUAUAUAGUAUCUUCGAGCACUACAGUAUAUAUAUUGGGUUGUGUUUGAUGCAACUUUUUCCGUAUGUACUAUUGAAUAUAUACACUUAUGUCCUUUUUUCCGAGCUUAAUCUUCUAUUACAUUUUAACGUCA